AUGGAAGGGCUGGGCCAUCUCCUCUACUUAUUAUACCUGAAUUCCAGUUACCAGCCCUGUGUGGGGAUUCCGAUUGCUCCUCAGUGGGUGAUAAUGGCUGCACACUGCUUCUUACCAGAUCUCCAGGUCAUCUUUCAUGGUGGUUCCAGAAAUUUUCAAGAGUUUACUGGGGAGAUUCUACCUUAUGAGAAGAUCAUAAUUCACCCAAACUUCACUGUCACUUCACCUAAAAAUGACAUUAUGCUGAUAAAGUUGGCUGUAUCUCUUACCUUCUUCUCCACGAGUUUUCAAUUGCCUACUCUCAAGAAGAGCAGAGUUAACAAUUGCUUGAUUCACACCUGGAAAAGGAAUAAAGAAUUUAUUGGAAAUCAAGACAGUACCCUGCACAACAUUAAGACUUGGUUGAGCACUGAUUUAAUCUGCCAAAAAUUACUGGAUGAAAAAUUCCUUGAAGACAUGUUAUGUGCAGGAUACAUACUAGGAAGCAAAGAGCAAUGCCAGGUUGUCAGAGCUGCACCAAUCAUAUGUGGCAAUGAAUUACGAGGAAUUAUGUCGUGGUCAACUGGGUGUAUUUUGACAGGACACAUUAGUGUCUUCACUAACCUCUACAGCUACAUUCCAUGGAUCAAGAGCAAUAUUUAUACAAAACAAGUGGACACAAACCUCCAUUGACAUCCUUCCCUCCCACCUGAUCCAUGGCAACCACACUGGGUAUCUCAGUCCCAGCCUUUCCUACGAUCUAGGCUU